AUGUUCGCCCACCCAUUCGAUCAUUCAUUCAAUGAUCUGUUUAAUCAGUACGUCAAUAUGGACACAUCGAGUACCGACGCCAACAAGGAUGUGUCCUUUCCUAGCGAGUUCGACCAGUUAUUCCCACUUGACUCGUUCUCAACCGACUGUGGCGACCAGUCUCCGGUUAUUUCCACUGUACAGCAUAACAGUCAGCCGGCGCAGGACUGGGGCAAGGACCUUUGGUCUCUGUCGCAGAACACCGGCUGCUCUACGAAUCAAGACAGUUUUUCUUUUCAAGAUAGUACCCAACCUUCGACUGCUUUGGACUUGAGCAUUGGCCUCGAAGCCGAUGCAACUGGACAUUCCCAGGCCUCUGUACCCCGCUCAACGCCUUCAACUCCUCCAGCAACUCCUGGCCCCAAGGUCAAAGGAGGUUUAUUCACCCCGAAGACGAUCCGCCAUCACCGAGAAUCUAAUGAUCGCCGCGGCCUACUGCGCAAACAGAGCUUCUCCCCUGGCUUGAUGCGCUCCUCCCAGCUCCAGAAAGGCAGCUGUAGGAUGGCCUACCCGGAGGCUUGGGCUCAACGACUGCAGAAUUUUACCAUCCGUAGCUCCGACGAGUGCCUUCCAUUGUCGCCACCCCCAUCUGAUAUCCUUGUGCAGCAGGAGAACGUUAAGCACACACCUGUGCAGAUGAGGAACGCAGCAGAAGGCUUUCAAGGCUCGACAGAGUUGCCUCAGCAGAUUGACUCUGGUUAUAUCACACAAUCUCCAGCGAUCCCGAUGCCGUCACCAUCCGCCAAUGCGUUGGCAGGCCAGCAGCAGAGGUAUUUAAGCCAGACAGGCACAUCUGCUUUAACCCCGAGUCCUCCUUCGGCAAGAGACGUAUUCUCCUCACCGCAUUCCUCGGACCCUCAAUCGAUGCCCUCCUGGCAUUCCGAAUCUCUCAACACACCAGCAUUCCAAUACACUCCUGAACUCAGUGACCAUCAAACAUGGUGGUCGCCUAUGCCCUCUGAGGUGGCACAGCGCCAUGCUUCAUAUCAGCAGAUGAUCGCAUCGCCGGCUCCACAGCGGCCAGUCCAAGCAGCUGCCAACCACGGAGACUUCCUGCAAGGAGGGCUUAUGAUCCAACUAGACCCUACACAAUUCGAUAUAUCUUCAUCAUUCCCUUCCUCUACCAUUCCAACAACCGCCAACAACCACGACAACCUCGCCUACAAUGUCGAAGCACAUGCGCCCCAAAAAUACGUCGACGCAUCUUCUUUCAACACUCAGGCCGUUCCCCAUCCCUCACGAUCCCCAUCCAUAUCACCAAAAGCGGACACUUCACCGCGGCAUGGGUCUGCAAACCGCGAUGGGAUGGCAAUGAAGAACGCUCCUCGCCGUCCUCACGGCCGCAAGUUGUCCGGACAGUCAACAAGUACACCCAAGCCUGUCAAGACUCCUAACAGUCUAUCCACAAGCCCAAGAGGGGGCAAAUCAGUCACAGUGUCGUUUGUCAACUUCACGGCAAACGACAGGCAGAAGAUUCUUACGGGGGUUGCUCCGAGUGGCAGCUCCAAGACAAAGGCCAGACGCGAACAGGAAGCCCGCGACCGACGGCGCAAGCUAAGCGAGGCUGCGCUGCAGGCGGUGCGGAAAGCAGGCGGCGAUGUAGAAGCCCUAGAGGCUGUCCUCUGCUAG